AUGUCUGCUGAAAAGCGCCCGGCGCAGGACUCCUUUGGGUCCACGCAGCUGGUCAAGCGGCCGCGGUCAGAUGCGACUCCAGGAACUGGGAGCGCAGUAGCUGUUGUGAAUAAUUCGACGCAAAAUGGUGCUUUAAUACAAGCUAUUCCCCGGACGAGUGGUCUUGAAGCUCCCAUUAUGGAACUUACAGGACAUUCCGGAGAGGUUUUUGCCACGAGGUUUGAUCCUACAGGUCAGAACAUUGUGUCUGGUUCAAUGGAUCGUUCGAUAUUGCUAUGGCGAACAUACGGUCAAUGCGAGAACUACGGGGUAAUCACAGGGCACAAGGGAGCAGUCUUAGAUCUACACUGGUCGCGGGAUUCCAAAAUCAUAUUCUCAGCCUCCGCAGACAUGACCCUAGUCAGCUGGGAUGUCGAAUCAGGCCAACGAAUACGUCGCCAUGUCGGCCACGAGGAGAUCAUCAAUUGUCUCGAUGUUAGCCGGCGGGGUCAGGAAUUGCUAAUAAGCGGCAGCGACGAUGGGUGCGUGGGCAUCUGGGACCCGCGACAGAAAGAUGCGAUUGAUUUCCUCGAGUCGGAAAUGCCCGUCACGGCCGUUGCGUUGGCGGAGGCCGGGAACGAGAUUUACAGCGGCGGCAUCGAUAACGACAUUCACGUCUGGGAUAUACGAAAACGCGCAAUCACGUACUCAAUGCUGGGACAUACGGAUACGAUAUCGUCCCUGUCGAUCUCGCCGGAUUCGCAAACGCUGCUUUCCAAUUCGCACGAUUCGACGGUGCGGACGUGGGAUAUUAGGCCAUUUGCGCCAGCGGAUAGACAUAUUAAGAUCUAUGAUGGUGCGCCAAUUGGGUUGGAGAAGAACUUGAUCCGGGCUAGCUGGAAUCCGACUGGGGAGAAGAUUGCGGCUGGCAGCGGAGACAGAAGUGUCGUUGUGUGGGAUACUAAGUCGGGCAAGUUGCUGUAUAAGCUGCCCGGCCAUAAGGGAACGGUGAACGAUGUGCGGUUUUCACCCGGCGAGGAGCCUAUAAUUGUUUCUGGCUCGUCAGAUCGGAAUCUUAUGCUUGGGGAGCUUGGAAAAUAA